CGCGGCAUGGCCUCGGCGGUGUUUGAGGGCACGUCGCUCGUGAACAUGUUCGUGCGCGGCUGCUGGGUGAACGGCAUCCGCCGGCUCAUCGUGAGCCGGCGCGGCGACGAGGAGGAGUUCUUCGAGAUCCGCACCGAGUGGUCGGACCGCAGCGUGCUCUACCUGCACCGCAGCCUGGCCGACCUGGGCCGCCUGUGGCAGCGCCUCCGCGACGCCUUCCCCGAGGACCGGCCCGAGCUGGCGCGCGCGCCGCUGCGCCAAGGACUGCUCGCCAUAAAGGACGCCCAGGACAUCGAGACCAGGCUCAACGAGGUGGAGAAGCUGCUCAAGGCCGUCAUCAGCAUGCCGCGCAAGUAUUCCAGGUCAGAAGUGGUGCUCACCUUCUUCGAGAGAUCUCCCCUGGAUCAGGUCUUAAAAAAUGACAACGUCCAUAAAAUUCAGCCCAGCUUUCAAAGUCCGGUGAAAAUAUCAGAAAUCAUGAGGUCCAAUGGAUUUUGUUUAGCAAAUACGGAAACAAUUGUUAUUGACCACAGUUUACCUAACGGGAAAGACCAGCACGCAGCCGUGGACCCCUCAGACCACCUGUUUGAGAACGGUAGUGAGUUUGCCUCUGAGCUGGAGGACGGGGAUGACCCCGCAGCUUAUGUCACCAACCUGUCCUAUUACCACCUCGUGCCCUUCGAGACAGACAUUCUGGACUGAGUCUCCGCUGGGCCUCUCCUUCCCCAGCCGGUGACUGCAGCUCUGAUGCCAUCCACCAUGCUGGGGACGUCACCCAGCCACCCGCACCAGUGGAGACCCUAAGUCCCCGACAACCAGGAGUCAGAGCAUGGGGGUCCUGUGCCCCUGCUGCUUCCAGGGGUCUUCCCGGCCUGUGUCUGCAUCCCCGGGACAUGCCCCCUCUGCGCUUGGAGGGGCCACAAGUGCCUGCAGGAUGUCCCGGGCCAGGGCUGGACACCUGCUCCGCCUGCCACGCUCCUUCCCUCGACAAGCACACAGAACAUUUCCCGUGACAUCUUGGUGAGUCGCCGAGUUCUGGACGACACAGGAGGUUGUGUUCUGUCACCCAGGAUUUCCCUGAACACCAGAACGUGCAGCUUCCAUUCCUGUUUUUUACCUUCUAUCCGGAAACGAUGGGCUUCGUGUCAGCCAAGGGGGUGUUUGCGGAAGGCGGGUCGUGAAUAGGGGUGUUGGCUGCAGGCACAGGGGAACCACUGCCCAGGUGCCUGUGUGACGGACACUGAGAGGUGACAAUUCUCCCGAAAGGAGGGAGCACCCUCCCCCGGCCUCCUGCAAGGGGUGACAGCAUGGUGGCCCCCGGCAGCUGAGGGUCCCCCUUCCUGUGGUCACCAAGCUCUCGAUGGUGUAAUCGCCACAUCAACCUGAGAGGACGGGAGUCAGGAGGCCACGGAGCGUCCCCAGCGAGUCCCCCUCUGCCCUCAAGGAGGGUCCUGCGCCUUCAUCUCCUCACAGAGUCUACUAACGACCAGAAUUUGCUCAUGUAAAUAAUAGUAAAUUAUUGAGAAUCCUAAUUCUUUUACACAGUCUGUUUUUUAAUCUAUUUUAAUUAAAUAAAACACAUUA